AUGUCUGCAACAACUCCCGAGCCCCUCCGAGCUCUCUUUUUCGUUGUUCGACCAGACGGUCAGCGGAUGGUCCCUCUGAUCGCUAUUGACGAGCUUCCAUCAUUUGUCAAGAUCCAAGGAGUCCCAAGAGAACUCACAGCGCUUAAAAUCACUGGAAUGAACUCUAUCGGUGUGUUCGAAGCGCGCCCACAGCAACAUGUCGUUGAGGGUGUCUACAGCGGCGCACCACCAACCAAUCAUCCCAUUGACAUGAGAUCAACAAUUGAAGACCAAGCUGCAUCUGCCAGGACCGACGGCAAACCCACUUCCAGCUCAGCCAAUGAUCUACCACAAGUUGGUACUAUGGGAAAGAAAGUCUACUGUACUCACUGGAUGAAGACUGGGGAGUGCUCCUUUGUUCAGACAGGCUGCAAGUACAAGCAUGAGAUGCCUCUUGACCUUGAUGAAUUGAAGCGUCUCGGCCACAAUGAAAUUCCCCAAUGGUUUCGCGAGCUUUAUGGUAUCCCACCCCUGAAUCUUCCGCCUGGAGUCAAAUUUCCUAGCUACACGAUCCAAGACUCGAAAGUGCAGAAGAGUGACAAUUGGCGUAAGGUUCAAACUCUCAAUCAAAAUGUCGGCCGCAAGAACGUCGCUGCUCAGGGUGGGCAGCGCUAUACUCACCGAUCUACUCGUGGUACAGAUCGCCCCUUCCAUUAUAGUGACAAGAGCAAAGGCAAGCUAGCAUCAUUCCAAGACAGAGAACGAGAGGCGCGAGAAGCUCAGGAGCUCGCCAAGGCUCGUGACAAGGAGAAUGAGAAACGCCGCAAGGCCAAUCAAGGCAGGUGGCCAGGGCUUUCUCCAGGUCACGGCUCGGUCUUCAAGCACAAUCCAGAGCCCAAAAAUGGAUAUGACAGCGAGGCCGAGUGCAGCGAUCUGCUGAGUGACGACGAGCGGUACGAGAAGAUGUCUGAUGCAGACUUCCGGAAACAGGAGCUCGCGCGUGCUGAAGCUGCUCGUGCAUCUUCAUCCUCCUCCCCUGCAUCUUUCGCAUCUUCGUCCACUACUAUACAAGGAAGUGCGGAGCCGCGUCCCGGUCGUGCUGGUGGCAAUGGUGGUAGCAAUGGCAAUCGUCGACGCAAAGGCCGAGGCAAUGGCAAUAGCAAUGGCAACUGA